AUUUUUUUUUUUUACAAUAUUAUUAAGAUUAUUUGGAUAGAAAAUAAUGACUAAGCCAUUAAAAUGGUCAGAUUUUAUUGAAUUAGACAACUAUGGAGCUUAUAUUAGAACGUCUAUUCCAUUAAAUUUGACAUUAGAUGGAGGGUUUUUAACAACAUAUGACCUCUAUCAAAUUCCUCAGGAUUAUAAGUACGUGAUCAUUCAUCAACUUAUGUUUGAGGGAAAAAUGGCGCCAUUUUAUAGGGGGUUAUCAGAAUUUAAUCCGUUAUGGUCAGAUAAAAAGCUUUUGGAAGUAGUUCGUCAACAUCUUGUUAUUCCGUUUAAGGAUACAAUACCCCUAUUUACUAAGGAUUUCCCGGGUGGAUUUUAUAUGAAAUAUAUUUCAAGCGUUGAGUUGGAUAUAUAUAAGUCAUUCCAGCCACAUACAUUUCGUCUUAGAUCUAUUGUUUCGUUGUUUCGGCGUUUUAUAUCAGCAUGUAGAUUUUUUAAAUGCCCAUUGGAAGUAUCUUUAUACCGUAAAAGUCAGGAAUGUUUUUUAUGUUUUUUUUAUUAUCCGAAAGUUAAUUAUACUCGAUGUUGUAAUAAGCCUAUUUGCUCGGAAUGUUUCGUUCGAGUUAGACAACCGGACUCGUGUGCAUCAUCAUGUCAAGGAAAUGAGUCUGAAGAUGCGUUUAUUUUAAAUAAUGAACAUGUUUUUUGUCCGUUUUGUUUAGAAAAGGAUUUUGGAAUUAUUUAUAUCUCACCGGCACGGAAACGCACUACUAAAUCGUUUAUUCUACCGUUUCUUUCUAAUUGCAAAAAUUUGAAUCUCGAAUCUCGAAAAUAUCUUUCAGAGCCUCCAUACGUUGUUACUUCGGAUAUGAUCAGGCCUCAUUGGUUAUAUCGACUUAUUAAUGCUCGACAAAAAGUAGAUCAAAACGCACUAAAUAACAGUCAGUCAGAUAAUUUAGUAACUUCAAAUAAUAUACAGGAAACAGCAAAUUCAACAGUAAAAAAUAAGCAGCAGGAAGCAUCACUGCCUCAGGAAGUGUUACCGCCUCAGGAAGUGUUGCCGUCCCAGGAAGUGUUGCCGUCCCAGGAAGCGUCACCGUCCCAAGAAGCGUCGCCUCCCCAGGAAAAUAAUGAAUUUGAAUCUGCAUAUUUUAAAAUGCAAGAAAACAUCCUGUUUAGAAGCUUACGAAUAAAUCUGAAAGAUGCCACAUAUGCUAAUUAUGUUGCUGCGAUACGCGAAAGAGAGUUAGCUACUGGUCGAGGCACAGAUCGUCCUAUUAUAACACUUUAUGAUGGUACUACUCUGAGCUUAACAGAUUUUACACAACAUAGAAAUACAUUUGAUUCUUUUGUAAUUUCUAAUUCCCCGCUAAAGGUUGGAAAUUAAAAUUUGGUUAUAUUAUUAUAUUUCAGAUCAAGACAAACAUGAAGC